GGAUCCGGCCGCCCCAUUGUGGACAGAGAAGAGAUUGCGGGGCGCCUGCUAAACCUCCGACCCCAUAAUCCUCCGACGUCCUCAACCCCCGACCCCCAAAGGGGUCGCCGUGGCCAAUCCCAGAAGGACGCACGCUACCUUCUCGAACAGUCUCCGCCGCUCCACCGCGGCUGCGGAACCACUGAGCUAAAUCCCCGGCCCUGAUCACAGAAUCUUAAGAACCGAAAGGGCCUUAUGUCUCAUUCAGCUUUGCCAGGCAGGCCGGGGCUGAGACUCUCAGGCCAAGUCCUCACUUAACAGGGGGCGGAGUCCAGCCAUGGCAUGCCCUUCUUGGUGCCAUGGUUUGCCCAUCUACAGACUGGGCCUACAGGCGUUGGCAAGUACACCGCCGCUCUGCCUGAAACAGCUACGAGAAGCCCCGCAGUAAUUUGCUCACAGCCCAGAAGUAGGACUAGCGGAGAAAAGAGAGGAACGAGCACCUAUGGACUACAAAUCCCAGCACGCACAUUCAAACGCCCCUCUCCGCGUUCUGGCCCCGCCCCUGCGGACUACAAGUCCCAGCAUGCAGCGCGGGGAACCUCGGGAGUGGCGGACUGGGACCCGCCGGCUAAACUCGGGUCCACAGAGCCCUCGGGGGAGAGGCCAGAGGGCCAAAAACGCCGCUGCGGACCUCAGCAUAUGGGCAUACACAUACUCAGACGCACACAUGGGUGUGCGGCGGGCGUUCGGACCCGCUCCUAUGGACUACAAGUUCCAGCAGGCAGGGGCGGCGGGGCGUGGCCUCAGGUGCGGUUGUCUAGGAGAUGUGGUGUCUGGAGCGGUGGGAUCCCUACGGCGGGGCGGCCUGCCCUGCUGCGUAGUCUGGCUGGCCCUCAGACCUGGCUCCCCGGCCCUGAACACACUGCUGGACCCUGGGAUCGCAGAUCCGAGCCUUCUUCCGCGAUUUUAGCCCCGCCCAGUUCUCUGGACGAGGCUGGGACCCCUGGGGAGGGAAUGGUGAGUGGGGACUUGGGCCCACUGUCAGUAGGGACCCAAGGGCGCCUCCCAGAUUCUUCCUCCCUCUCUACUAGCAAACUCCCAUCUCGGAAGAGCAACCCAGCCAGUGAGGCAGGAAUAGGACUGUUAGGGUCUCUGUGUGGCCUGCAGGUCCCUGGAGAGUCUCAGGAAGGCCUGGGUCCUCCUUGUCUCCUGAAGUAGGACCCGGCCGUUGGAGCUCUGCGCCCAGGCAUCAGCGUUACUUGCCAGAGCCAAGAUGAAAGAUGAGCGGCUUCCCGGAGGUAAUAACCAGGGCGCUCUCUUCCAAAAUCCUCUCUCUCAAAGCGCUCAGCUCACAACGCAAGGUCACGUUCUUGCCACAACUCUCGCCCUAACUUCCCAGGUUGCCCGAGGAGUCUCAGGUGCUGCCGAAGGGACUUACCCAGACCCUUUAGUGCCAGUCAGACUGCGAGGUAGGAUGAGCUGCUCCCGGGCCCCACUUCAUCCACCCUCUGGGGCCAGGGCAGCCUGUCUCCUAGGCCUCGUCUCAGCUGAUUUCUGGCUCCCAAGUGGGGACUCGGGUUUCACCUGUAUCGGGAACAGUGACACCACAGUGGCCAGGAACACAUUGGACUUUCUGUCUCCGACCCCGUCUUCAUCUUUUACACUUCCUGACCUGGCCAUAUAUAUUUGCUAUGGGCCCGGUGGUCCAGGUAGGUAGGGAGAUAAUCUACAAAGGCAUAACGUGACCCUGUAAUGUAGUCAGUCUUACGUAGUUGAUGGUGAUCAGUUACUUCCUAGAAAUAUUCCAUUUAAUCUUUUUGUUUGUUUUGAGACAGGGUCUCACUGUGUAGUUCAGGCUGGCCUUGAACUCACUGUGUAGCUCAAGCAAACUCGUGGUGAUCCUCCUGCCUCAGCCUCCUGAGUGCUGGGAUCACAGGCAAGCACCACCACACCUGGCAUAUUCCAGUUAAUCUUGAGACAAUUAGAAACAACUCCAGAAGGAAUAUUCCAAGUAGGCUGUCCAGAUUCUCUUGGUAGCAGGGGUGAAGUUCAUAUUAACUGGUCAGGUGGGUCCCUAAGCUUUAUUUCUGCCUGGAAUGGUCUCCAAGGCUUGUUUUUCUGAGUCUUUCUGUUAAGAUAAUCAGUGUUUUUUGGGUUUUUUUUUUUGGCAAAACAUUUAUUUAUACAUUUUAGAUACACAUAAUGAUAACAUUCAUCAUAGGGAAUUUGUAUGUGUACAUGAUAUAUAUUGCUUCUUCUUUUUCCCCAUCCCCCUAUCCCUCUUCCCCUCCUUAUUUACAAAAACUUAAGACAAUCAGUAUUUUGUUGGUAACUUUCUGCCUCUGGAGACCAGAGAUAAGUAGCUCAGAAACUUGAGGACAGGCAUUGCCUCAGGCUCUCCCUCUCCCUCCCCUCCCUCCCUCUCCCCCUUCUUCUUCAGACAACACUUGAAUAAGUUAGUAAGUUGCCCAGGUUGGGUUCAAAGCGUUCAGUGCUUAAAAAACAAACAAAAAUGUUUUCCUGCUUAAAAUGUAAACAUCUAACAGAUAACAUCCUCACUUAUGAAAGUGGUGUAUUUUGGAGUCAUUGUUUUAAAGUACUUCUUCAAAACCAUUAUUUAAAAAAAUUCUACUCUUUUAGCAGGGAGUGGUGGCGCAUGCCUGUAAUCCCAGGACUCUGGAAGGCUGAGGUAGAAGGAUGAAAGUUCCAGGCCAGUUUGGACAAUUUAGUGAAACCCAACUCAAAACAGAAAAGGGCAGAGGAUGUAGCUUAGUGAGAAGGUCCUUGAUUCAAUCCCUAGUACUUGGGGGUGAGGGUGAAAGAGAAUUUCUAACCAAAAACUAAAUCAGACAACUGUGAGUUAACUAUGUUAUUAAGCAACUAUUGGUUAACUAGGUAACUAUGCUCUUUGUAGAAUGUACCUGUGUAGCCAUGACAGCUUCUGUAAUCUCUCACCAAAGGAAUGUAACCAACUCAGAAAGUCCUGCCAGAACUCUUUGCUCUGCCCUCUGUCCACUGCUCUGCUUUGUGUAAACACUGCUUGCUAUAUUCCCAGGGAAACUCCAAUGGAAUUAAGCCUCUUAGAUGUAAAAAAUGUCAAAUAAUUAACCAACCAAAGACUGCCAGAUACUCUGCUUCUGUACCUUUUGCUUGCAGCCCUAUAAAACUGCUGGCCCACCAAUAUUCUGGGCCUGACCUCUUUGGGGGAAAGAUCCUGGUCAGGUCCACUGGUGUAAAUAAAGCUGUUUACUGCCUUCAAAUCUCUGGGUGCUGUCUGUUUCCUGGUUCUGGUAUUCUGCAGCAAGGGGACAAACAAAAACCUCUAUUCCUUUACCCAGUUUCCUGGAAAACUGAUGAGUUUGACUGGAAACUCAUCAAUUUCGGUAGAAGCCUGGCUAUAGAACAAGGCCACAGAAGAGGCCUGAAAUACUGUAUCUAAGGGGCCUUUGACUAGAGGGGGUUUUCUUGAGCGUUGGAGGCAAUCAUUCAUCACUGGGGGCAGGAAGGUGGUGCUCAGCAACUUCCCCACAGUCCAGAGUCCAGCCCGGAUCUGGGCUCCUAGAAGAGGCGGCUUCCGGUAGGGAGCAGCCAUUCUGCAGGUGGCGCUGCCCUGCAGGACGUGAAAGCCUGGAAGUAUUAGAAUUCGAGCUGUGCACCAGACCCCUGAUGUCAAAAGCUAGUGCGAAAAGCCACUUAAUGGCUGAAGAUCCAGCCGACCUGGUGCAGUUAAAGCCGCAGGACAGUGUCACUAGGUCAUUACGAGGAAUGUGGCUGAGGGCAUGGAGCGGCCACGGUUGUCCCUCCCUCCCCAAGGAGCUUUAUCACCUUCCCGAGAAUUAAGGGCGGGUCCCGGGGCCACGACCCUUCUUCCGCCUGGCUCGGGGUCCUGGGAAUGAGCCAGGCGCUACCUUCUCCUCGCCACCAGGGGUCACCCUUUCCCGUGAGACGACUACACAGGUCCCUGGAGGGGCCGGGGACUGACGAGGGGGCUGUCGGCCCUGUGAUCGUAAGCAAAUGGCUUCGGUCCAACUCCCAGCGUCUGUCUCCUCUCUGGUCCUUUCCAUUGUUAAAGGACAAGCUCAGCAGGAACAAGCCCCGGUUGGGGCCCCCUGUCCCACCCCCCAGAGGCAUGGAUGCCCCAGCUUGGAGAGAAGAUGCCCCCGAUCCAUUUCCUCUGCCUGCCCUACAGACCUGGCGACACAAGGCCCAGCAGGAUGAAGAGGAAGAAGAAGAGGACAAAUAUGAGCUGCCCCCCUGUGAGGCUCUGCCCCGCAGUCUGGCCCCUGUGCACCUCCCCGGCUUGGAGGAGGACUCUGUGUACCUGGAUCACUCUGGCCCCGUGGGCCCACUGCCACCCCGACCUCAGCCCAUCAAGGGGAGAGGCCUCCUCACCAGUCCCUCCUUCCCCAGCCGCCCCGCCGAGGGCUGCCCUUUCCCACUGAAGGUAGCAAUGAACCUGUGUGCGGCCAUGAAACAGUGCUCCAUCUCUGGGAGGCAAGAGCGGGGUGCACUGUCCAGAGUGGUGCCAGGCCCUGCAAGGAAGCCUGAUGAGAACAUCUACCUGGAGUGCGAGCCGGACCCUGUCCCUGCUUUGACUUGGACUCUGAGCUCCCAAGUUCUGAUACCCCCAGUCCCUCUGCCAAGGACAUCUGUGGUGCCCAGGCCUACUGUAGCCCCCACAGAAGCGUGGAAUGGAGCAACAGAUGCCACCUCUAAAGCAGGAAGGAGACGGUCUCUUCUUUGCAAACUCCCUACCGGGAACACCUCAGCUGCCGAGGACGGCAGCCUCCUGAAUCAGCCGUGGUACUCCGGGAACUGUGACCGGCACGCUGUUGAGACAGCCCUACUCCGCUUCCAAAAGGAUGGGGCCUACACGGUGAGGCCCAGCUCAGGGCCUCACAGCUCCCAGCCUUUCACCCUGGUUGUGCUCCUUCAAGGCCGGGUCUUCAACAUCCCCAUCCGGCAGCUGGAUGGUGGGCGCUACUAUGCCCUGGGCCGGGAGGGCCGGCACCACGAAGAGCUCUUCUCCUCCGUGGCCACCAUGAUCCAGCACCAUGGGAAGCACCCUCUGCUCCUGGUGGACAGACACGGUGGCAACCGAGGACUCACCUGUCUGCUCUUCCCCACCAAGCCCUGAGGCCACAGCAAUGACACUGCUACCAUUCUGGUCCCCGGAGGUCAGCCACCAGGAAAGACUGGCCAGAGAGGGGAAGAUCCUGGGACCCCCACCACAAGCUCACACAGAGCCUGACAGUGCCCCUUGAGACUCCAUCUCUUAGGCUCAUCUCCUAGGCUGAGGACCCAAUACCAGCCCCCAGAAAUGGCAGCACCUGCCUUGUUACUAGGGUCUGUGCCUUGGAUGAAGGCAUGAUGGUAGCCUGGAGAAGCUGGCCUCCCCAGGGAAGCUGAGCCUCAGGGGAUACCACAAGCACUGUAUGGUAGCAAAGAGAAUCCCUUACCUUCUCCCAGGGGCUUAGUGCCCUCUGGGAGGGCCUAGUUUGCCCUACACAUAGCACAUGUUCAAUAAACACUUGUUGAAUGAAUUCUUGACCCACUGAUGUGGGCCCCCCACAAGGGUCCAUGGUGCUCCAGGGACACACGGCAGACUGGCCAGGAGUAAUGGCCCUGCAUUGGGCUAGGCUCACUUUCAGCCGACUGUGGCUUUGUCCCAGAAGCACACUGUGCCAAAGAAGGGAAGGGCCAGGCCCAGGCCGGUUGGUGAUUUAUAUUGUUUUGCUUGUGGGUGAUAGAUAGGGUGGGGGAGGGAGGAGGCUCAAGGCUGUCUCUGGCACCCCAUGAAGAGAUGGGGAUGGAGUCCAGUUUGCUCGCCCAGCUCCUAGUUACUGCAUUUGGGGGGAGGGCGGGAGGGCAGCCUGAUUUUCGUUUUGUUUUUGAGACAGGGUCUCAUUAUAUAA